AGUCUCGGGGCUCGGGGCGGUGGGGCUCCCCAGCCCUCCCGUAAACGCCAGGAAGAGCAGGGAGAAGCAGGCGCCACCCCGCAGGGCUCAUCGCCCGGGGAAGCUGCCCUGGAGAGUGCGGUCGGCCCUAAGGGAUCGUCCGCCGCUGAGACCCGAGCCAGGCCGCGAGCACACAGCCUCCCUGCAGGGUGCGGCGCCUCGGGACUCCCAGAGGCUGUGCAGCCAGGACUCCCUCCCUGCCCCCCGGCUGGGCCAUGUCAAGAGGUCCUGGCUCUGCCCCGAUGCCCCCAACCCCGGGUUUACGGAAACCGGCGCCACGGAGCCUCAGUUGCCUCUCGGAGCUGGAUCCGCAACCCUGCAGACCCCCAGGCUGCGACCCUCGGCUGCAGCCCAUCAUCCAGCGGCGCGCGCGCUCGCUGCCCAGCUCCCCCGAGCGCCGUGCCAAGGCUGUGGGAGCUCCGGGCGCUGCGUGCCGAGCCGGCUGCAACCGGCAGCUCCGUGUGCGCUUCGCUGACGCCUUGGGCCUGGAGCUGACGCAGGUCAAGGUGUUUAACGCAGGGGACGACCCGUCUGUGCCGCUGCACGUGCUGUCGCGCCUGUCCAUCAACUCGGACCUGUGCUGCAGCAGCCAGGAGCUGGAAUUCAAGCUGCAGUGCCUAGUUCCCGACUUCCCACCGCCCAUCGAAGCCCCGGGCUUCGGAGAUCGCCUGGCACGGCAGCUCGUGUGCCUGGAACGUGUCACCUGUUCGGACCUGGGCAUCAGCGGCACAGUGCGCGUGUGCAACGUGGCCUUCGAGAAGCAGGUGGCAGUACGCUACACCUUCUCUGGCUGGCGCAGUGAGCAUGAGGCUGUGGCUCGCUGGAGAGGGCCUGCGGGUGCCGAGGGGACUGAGGACAUCUUCGCCUUCGGCUUUCCAGUGCCACCCUUCCUCCUGGAGCUCGGCUCCCACGUGCUCUUCGCACUGCGCUACCGUGUGGCUGGCGCUGAGUACUGGGACAACAACGAUGGUCGCGACUAUAGCCUUACUUGUCGUAGUCAUGCCCUGCACAUGCCGCGCGGGGAGUGCGAAGAAAGCUGGAUCCACUUCAUCUGAGCUGCUGGUCUUGAACUGGGAGCAUCCGUCUCAGCAGCCCCGUCCCCAUGGGUGCUGAUCUCUGAGUGGCCACCUCCCACCCUACUCUUCCUUCCCAGUAGUCUGGUCUCAUUUCCUGCCGUGAAGCCCUGCAGCAGUGGCCUGUCGUGUCUUAUAAUGAAUUGUCUGGAGAGCCUGGUGGCCAGAGGAACAGGAGUCUGUGUAGUGUGUUUGGGGGAAGGGUGUGGGAGGGUAGAUGCAUGGGAUUGUGGUCCUUAAUUUCAGGAGGACCCAGGUCGGUGUUUUGCAAGGAUGGCCUUUUGCAUGUCUCCUCAAUGUGUCUAAACACAAGUAGGCGUUAUUUAUUAUUGUGAAGUUAGCCUUCCACCCGUAGUGGAUGCCUUUUCAGGAAUACUCUAGACUUAGUAAGCUUAAAGAAGGCCUGUUGUCUGUCUGCACCCACACAAUGUGGCCUACAUUAUGGUCCCUCGAGGCAUUUCUACCCUGGGACGGUUAAAAAUCUGAGACCAUGUUUGCUUGCCAAUGUUUGUAGCCUCCCAACAGUAGGAACUAUUAAUAGUCAAGAAACUUACAGCUCAUCUGUCAUCACACAACCAUUUCUGGGCUUCGAGGCUGCCCUGGUUAGGCAGUGCCUCCCACAUCAACAGCUGGGGAGGAGUGGACUGAAAAGCUUCCAGCCACGCACCUUGACCCAAACAGUGCUUUCUCGGGGACUAUCGUUCAUGUGUUUGUCUUCUGGUCUGGUACUGGGUCUGCUCGUUAAUAGGCCAUUUUCUGUUUAGGUUUGAAACUACCUGAACCUUUGAAAAGAUCUUGCCUUAAGUUAUUUCCGUUUUCAAAUGGCCACAGGGAUUCAGGCAGGAGUGCCCUUCCCGGUGACCUUUUCCACGAAAGAGAUAACUUUUUAUUUCUAAGUAUGGGAAGAUUCCAGCCUUCCUAUUUUGGAAGUCAACUUUCAAAUGAAUCUGGAUGGUGUUUUCAGAAAUAGCCAGGGCAUUGGAGGAAAACAAUUCACAGAUUUUUAUACACCUAAUGGGUUUUAAUUGUACAGUUAUGCCAGGUCUCACAGCUACCCGCCACUUUAUUCUUUGUGCCUUCAGUUAGGAAAGUUGCUAACAUUUUUAUGGGCUUAUUUCCCAGUUUUAAAAUGUUAAAUGCUUUUAAAAACAAAACAACCAAAACCUCCGACUUUGUCCAGACCACUCACUGUUCUUGCCGGAUGUCCCUGCUGCUUAGAACCCCCAUGUGGAGGGGCUGGCAAAUCUUUUUUGGUGCUGAGCUGUGGCCUCUCUGACAGCGGGUGCUAGAACUGAGGCAAAACAGACUGAGGUGGACAAGACCUCCCAGGUGUGAC